GACUCAUCAGAGUCAUCACCAUAGAGGACCAUAUUGACUGAGCAGUCACUCAUGUUAUUCAUUUCGUCUGAUAAUUUACCUUAGCUCUCACAGCUCUUAAGACACGUAUCAGCCAGCCAGGCGCCCCAGGAGCAAUGACCGAUCUCACCCAAGGCAAUGGUACAAUAAUAUCACAAGCCACGGUCGACGACGUCUUCCACAUCAAAUUCAUGGUCGACGCUGCGUUCUCCAAAUACAUUGAUCGUAUCGGUAAACCACCGGCUCCCAUGACAGCCGAUUACAGCCACAUUGUCAGCACGCAGAAUGCCUUCGUACUGCUAGAUUGUAACGUUGUCGAUAGAUCAAAAAGAAUAAUUGGGUUCAUCGCAUUGAGUCAGCAGUCAGAAUGCGACCUCAAGGCGAAUGCAGAUUCGGUCAAUAUCGAUAUCCUCGUGGUGGACGCUUCGGCACAAGGACGAGGCUAUGGACGGGCAUUGCUGAAUCAUGCAGAGAACGAGGCGCGUCGGAACGGGAUCUGGGCUGUGAGGAUGGGAUUUGUGGAGGUUGGAAGAAGGACUGAAAAGGGGUUCGACCGAGUGUUUUUCCGAAAGGACCUGCCAAUAGAAAAUAAUUGUGCUGCGACCUAA